UACAUAUCUUUUUUUAAUGCUCCAUCUGAAUAACUGAAAUGAGACUGAAGACUUCACUUUUAAAGGAACCAAAACAUAAAGAAUUAGUUAGCUGUGUGGGAUGGACUACGGCUGACGAGCUAUAUUCCUGCAGCGAUGAUCACGAAAUUAUGAAAUGGAACCUUUUAACUAGUGAGACUACUCGAGUGGUGAAACUUCCAGAUGAUAUUUAUCCCAUAGAUCUUCACUGGUUUCCCAGAAGUAUAGGUGGGAAGAAGCAGUCCCAUGCCGAGAGCUUUGUUCUAACAAGUUCUGAUGGGAAGUUCCACUUGAUUUCAAAGUUAGGAAGAGUAGAGAAAAGCGUAGAAGCACACUGUGGAGCUGUACUUGCAGGAAGGUGGAAUUACGAAGGAACGGCACUGGUUACAGUUGGUGAAGACGGCCAAGUGAAAAUCUGGUCUAAAAGUGGAAUGCUGAGAUCCACUUUAGCUCAGCAAGGAACACCAGUGUACUCAGUAGCCUGGGGACCUGAUUCUGAAAAAGUUCUCUACACUUCAGGGAAGCAGCUGAUUAUUAAACCUCUUCAGCCAAAUGCUAAAGUUUUGCAGUGGAAAGCCCAUGAUGGACUUAUUUUAAAAACUGACUGGAACUCAGUUAAUGAUCUUAUUCUUUCUGCAGGUGAAGAUUGUAAAUAUAAGGUUUGGGACAGUUAUGGACGUCUACUGUACAGCUCACAGCCCCAUGAAUAUCCUAUAACAUCUGUUGCCUGGGCUGUGGACGGAGAAUUAUUUGCUGUGGGGUCUUUUCAUACUUUGCGUCUAUGCGAUAAAACUGGGUGGUCUUAUGCUUUAGAGAAGCCAAACACUGGCAGCAUAUUUAAUAUUGCGUGGUCUAUUGAUGGCACUCAACUAGCCGGAGCAUGUGGAAAUGGACACGUCAUUUUUGCCCAUGUCGUGGAGCAACGCUGGGAGUGGAAGAACUUUGAAAUAACGUUAAUUAAGAGGAGAACCAUGGAGGUGCACAAUGUUAUUAAUGAUGCAGUAGAUAUGUUGGAAUUCCGUGACAGGGUUAUUAAGGCCUCUUUGAACUACGGGCAUUUGGUUGUUUCAACUUCUCUUCAGUGUUACGUCUUUUCUACAAAGAACUGGAAUACUCCACUGAUCUUUGACCUGAAGGAAGGAACAGUUAGUUUGAUUCUACAAGCAGAACGGCAUUUUCUUCUUGUAGAUGGUGGAGGACUUUGUUUAUAUUCAUAUGAAGGAAGAUUAAUUUCCUCUCCAAAAUUUCCAGGAAUGAGAACAGACAUUUUAAAUGCCCAGACAGUAUCUCUGAGUAAUGAUAUUCUAGCAGUAAAAGACAAAGCUGAUGAAAAGGUUAUCUACAUAUUUGAAGCUUUAUCUGGAAAGCCAUUGGGUGAUGGAAAGCCUCUAACCCAUAAGACGGAAAUUGUGGAGAUUGCUUUGGACCAGAAAGGACUUACAAGUGAAAGAAAAAUAGCUUUUAUUGAUAAGAACAGAGAUCUUUACAUUACUUCAGUUAAACGGUUUGGAAAAGAACAGAAGAUUGUCAAAAUAGGGACAAUGGUUCAAACUUUGGCUUGGAAUGACACGUCUAACAUUCUUUGUGGAAUUCAAGAUAGCCGUUUGACAGUCUGGUACUACCCCAACACAGUCUAUGUAGAUAAAGAUCUUUUGCCAAAAACUCUGUAUGAAAAAGAUGCAAGUGAAUUUAGCAAAAAUCCCCAGAUUGUACAUUUUGUAGGAAAUCAAAUAACAAUUAGAAGAGCAGAUGGUUCACUUAUUCACCUUAGUAUUUCACCUUAUCCUGCGAUUCUUCAUGAAUAUGUUAGUAGUUCUAAAUGGGAAGAUGCUGUCAGAUUGUGUCGCUUUGUCAAGGAUCAAACUAUGUGGGCAUGUUUAGCUGCUAUGGCAGUUGCCAACAAAGACAUGGCUACAGCAGAAAUCGCCUAUGCAUCAAUUGGUGAGAUUGACAAAGUUCAGUAUAUCAAUUCCAUCAAAGAUCUUCCAUCAAAAGAGUCAAGGAUGGCUCAUAUACUGCUGUUCAGUGGAAACACCCAAGAAGCCGAAACCCUGCUUCUUCAAACAGGCCUUAUUUAUCAAGCUAUUCAAGUCAACAUUAAUCUUUACAAUUGGGAUAGGGCCCUAGAACUAGCAGUAAAGCACAAGACACAUGUUGACACAGUCCUGGCUUAUCGACAAAAAUUCCUAGAGGACUUUGGUAAAAAAGAAACAAACAAAAGAUUUUUGCAAUAUGCAGAAGGUCUGGAAGUUGAUUGGAAUAAAAUCAAAGCCAAAAUAGAGAUGGAAAUUGCUAAAGAAAGAGAACGAGCAGCAGCCAGUCCCGCAGUGAGAGCUAGUGUAACUGUACAGCAAUAACUGUCCUUCUGGUCACCUUAAUAAGUGCUUCUUGAAUAUUUUGUACUGGCAUGUUUUGACAAAUAUAAAUAAAAAAAGCCACAGCAAACAUUUUGUGGGAACAGGAGUGAGAAUUGGUGUAGUUCUUGUUAAUUGUUGGAUAACAGGCAGAAUUAUUUAUUUACUACAGUCUCAUUUUGAGCUGGGUUUAUAUUCUGAUGCCCUAGCUCCAGUGAGUAGCUACAUUGUAGUCCGUAAUACAUGUAUGAGAAAAAAGGGAAAUUAACUGUCUUUCCGUUAGUGGCUUUUAAAUUUUCAUUGCCAUUAAAAUUAUUUAACCUUGGUUGCCUCUAAUUAAGUACCGAUUUCCCUGUUUAAGCACCUAAUUAAGUAGUUUGGUUGUUUCUGCAACCUCAGGGACCUCUGAAAAGACUUGUUUAAAUUGCCCUAAAACAAAUUUAGCAAACUGUAAGUGUUGAAAAUUAAAAAAGAAGCUUGCACCUAUAAAGUACAAAAGAAUAUUUCACUCACAGUUAUGGUAAUACAUAUUUCUGCUAGUAUGUAUGUACUAGCAAGUUCUUCAGUGGAUGAUUUCAGAUUACUUCAGCAACUCAGGUUCGUCACUGUAGCAAACUAUUUAGCAAUAAAGGGUGUUUUCUAAGAUAAUGUAAAUUGUUUAGAAUACUAUGGAAUGUGCUUUGAAUGUUGUUUGAAGUAACAAAAGGUGUUACUGGUUGGUUUUGUAGCAUCUAACAUGUAUACUUGACAACGAUAUUCAGAGCUUCCUUAAGGUUAAAAUAUCAUAUUAAUUUAAAAUAAGAAAGAGCUUUCCACGUAUUUUUUUCUGCCCAAAGCACUUGAUUUGAAAAUAUUGUUUUUACAUUUGUGUUAUUUCAUCAAGAUACGUUUUUCUUUGGUUUACAUAUGAAAGUGGCUGCAUAUGUUACAUGUUCUUUGCAGAAGCCCUUUGCAUUAUAAAUACGUGAGCAGGUUAUUCACAAUUGACAUUGUAUAAUAUGUAUCUUUCAAGUGUUACCAUCAAAAUGUUAAAUAUCUGUAUGUCUGGCAAAUUUCUUCUGUUUUGUAAAUCAUUAUGUGACACUUUUUUGCAUAGUUCAUAAAUUUCUUAAUAAAAACAAAAAAGGGUUUUUUUAAAAUGUAUCUAAUACAUGAUGCAUUAGGUGAUCUCCAUUGAUUUACCUGACUGCUAAAUAAAACAACAAUUUUGAUGUAGCUCAUUUGAAGUUCCGCAGUAUGCUGGUGUACUGACAUGUGGCAAAGUGAACACUUUCACCUUCCAUUGACUUGCAGAAAGCACUUACUAGUUCCAGAAUUGAGCCCAAAAUAUCACUAAUGGCAAGUGUUUAAUCUUAAAUUUAUGAAGCCUGCCUCAGAUUUGUAAUGCAAUGUAAGCAAUUUUUGAAGACCGGUCUAGUGGUGAUACAAAGUUCAGGGUCUCAGCUCAAUCUUGCUCUUUUAUUCUUGGGCCAGUUGGAAGUACAGCAGAGGCAGCAAAUUCACUCGGCUUCUUAAAAAUGCCUGGUGCAACAAUUAACCAUUGCAAAGAUGAGAGAAAACGGUGGAAUGGAUGCCCCGCUUGCAGAGGUACUGUCUUAGACUGACUGCCCUUCAGGUUGAUGUCUAUGUCGUUCACAGAAAGUGGUACCGCAGUGCUUCAAGCUGGCUCUCCGUGCCUCGGUAUUAAUGAAAAACGUUGUAUUUGUAGGAGAUGGGAAAGGUUGUUUAGUUCCUAGGCCAAAGCACAAUA